AUGGCAGCCGUUUCUAGAGCCUGUCGCAUCCGCAACCCAGCAGUCUUUAUCUGCGACAUGCAAGAAAAGUUCGAAAAGGCGAUCUUCGAAUUUCCAAAAAUCGUAACAACAACGACCAAACUCCUUCGCGCAACUAACACGCUCAACAUCCCGACGUACAUCACGACCCAAAACCGCGCGCGCCUCGGCCCCACGGUCCCCAAGUUGCAAGAGCACCUGCAGGGCCCCAAUGUGCGCGCCGACGUUGACAAGACUUUAUUCUCGAUGAUCACGCCGGAGAUUGAGCAAUUGCUUCCGGUUCCCGCUAAGGGUGAGGCACCAAUUGAUGCGAUCAUUGUGGGAAUUGAAACGCAUAUCUGUGUGACUCAGACAACGCUGGACCUCUUGGAGAAGGGUCAUCGGGUGUAUAUUCUUGUUGAUGGGGUGAGCAGUGUCAAUCCCGAGGAGAGAGGCAUUGCACUGGCGAGGCUUCGGGAUGCGGGGGCGAUUGUGACGACGAGUGAGAGCCUUUUGUUUGAGAUUCUGGCGGAUGCCGGUGACAAGAAUUUCAAGAUGAUUACGGGACUUGUGAAGGAGACGAAGGACGAGACUAAGGAAGCAUUGGAAAAGCUUUCAAAGAUCUAA